AACAUUGUAGCCUACCACAUUAUGUCACCAUUCAGUUCCGCUUCCGCUACAGUCAGAUUUUGUCCGCUCUGCAGGAAUGCACAGCGAUGAUUGUAUUAGGAGGGAGGUAUCAGAUGCACCCUCUCGGCGACAUGGCAGGUGUCAAUAGCUCUCAAGCUUAGCGUUAGCUAUAGACGCUGCAUGGUGAAAUUGCAAGACAGAGACAGAGACAGUAUUUCUUUGGCGAGGUUGGACUGCUGCAUGUUUGAACGGACAACAGCAGAUUUUCAUCCGCAAUCAAUAGGCAUACGCGUCUAUACCCGCGACUGUCCUUAUGGCCCAAAACACGCUAUCGUCCCGAUUUAGGGGAGUCGACAUAGACGAAUAUGACGAGAAUAAAUUUGUGGAUGACCAAGAGGAGGCUGCUGAACAACAAGGACCCGAUGCCGCCGAAGUGGACAACCUCAUCAGGCAAGGCGACAUGAUGGCAGCCUUUCACAUGGCGCUCAAGAACCCACCAAUCAACUCAAGGAAUGCAGCAGUCAAGGAGAAGGCCCAGGCAGUGGUGUUGAAAGUGCUGACCUCGUUCAAGAGCAGUGAGAUCGAGCCGGCUGUGAAAUCUCUGGAUAGGAACGGCGUUGACCUGCUGAUGAAGUACAUCUACAGGGGCUUUGAAAAGCCUUCAGACAACAGCAGUGCUGUCUUACUGCAGUGGCACGAGAAGGCAUUUGCUGUAGGAGGCGUAGGCUGCAUCAUGCGUGUUCUUACUGCCAGAAAGACAGUCUGAACCCACGGCCCCCAUGUUCAUCAGGAGAUCUGCACAAUCUUCUGUAGUGACCAGAUCUGCCUGGAGAUCCGCACCCCACACACACACACACACACACCACACACCACACACCACCCCCAGCUCCACCUCGUCUUCGGUCCCAGACUUGACCGACCGCUCAGAGCUCCGUGGUGUGCAUCCCACAUCACUCAAGACUUUUUGGAGACAUGAACAGACUACUGAUAUAUCUAUAUUUUUUAAACUAAAAAAAAAUUAAACGGGUUGGGGGAAACCAAGAAGGGAGGGUGUGGAGGGAUGGGUGGCCUGUGUUGAAUGGGUCCAAUGUGGGCGUAAGGUGGGAUGGGUGACGUCUAUGGCCGUCUUAUUUAAUGUGAACAGUCAAUUACCUCUUGAGUUAUAUGACCAAACUGUGGGUGAAUCCCCAGCCUUUUAUGUUCCUGUUGGUGAUUAGAGAUUGAACCAAAAAAAAAAAGAAUACUAAUAAUAACAAUAAAAGAGACUCGUUGACUGGCAGAAAGCUGGGAGAACACCCAGCUCAGACAACCUCCUCCAAUGUGCCACGGCUUCCUCAGCUGCCACAGGGUGGUGCUCUAACCCACCCGACUGGAUGUACUCUGCACUAAGAUGCCUCUUCAGGGAACACUGUCCUGUGCUCCCGAUUCACUCUCUUAACAUGACCUCUGUGGAGAGAGAGAGAGAGAGAUGUGGGGUUAAGUACGAGAGCAGUAGCUUCUAAGGUAGUUGAUUUUUUCCCCCUGUAACACUGAGUUGUAUUUGAAUGGGGGAUGAACUGGGCACAUGGGGGGAGAUAUUGUGAAGUGCCUGGUGCAAUAAAUCUCAUGGAUACUGUCA